AUGCGCGCGCUGUUUCCUGCGGGCGCUCGCGAGGAGGCGAAGGGGACGACGGACGCGCCGGGAGAUGAAGACGCGUGGCUUCGAUUGCGUUCGUUUCAGCGACGUGACGACGGCGCGGUGGACGCUGAGGGCGAUGCGCGAAGGGCGUCGGGAUCUUCUUCGUCCUCGUCGUCGUCUAUAGAGCGCGAGCGCGAGCGCGAGCGCAGGCGGAAGCGCGAGCGGAAGAAGGAGAAGAAGAAGGAUGGGAAGCGACGGCGACGCGACGACGACGACGCGCGGAAGAUUGCGGAGAUCGAGGAGCGGUACGGGAAGAUGCGUAAAGAUUCUCGAAGAGGGGACGAUAAGAUGUGGGCGACGAAGGAGCGGUUGAGCGGGGCGCGAGACGUGUACGAGGACGUGAGGCGUGACGCGGAAAAUCUCGCGUUCGGGACGCUGGCUCGAGCGGACGGAGUGCGAUUCAAGCGCGUCGCGGAUCGAGCGAGGCCGUGGUACGAGCGUGCGGCGAGAACGCGUGAGAGUGAGUUCUACGGGUUGAAGAUGAGGGGAAGGCACGAGCGACAAGAUGAGACGAUAAAGGAUCGGUAUUUCACUCGCUCGGCGAAAGCUCGCAGCAAGGAUAGAAACGCACCAUUGUUACGCAAGCCGCUCGUGCAGAUUGAACGUGAGUGCGACGCCGAGACGGAGUACGUCAAGCUGAACGUCGAUGACGAUGACGCGGGUGCAGUUUCGCGGGCGCAUCAAGGAGACAUGGAAAGUGUGAGCGCGAUUUUGAUGCGCGAGACGAAGAAAUUCAACGAGAGGACGCGAGAGACUCCAGAGGAUAUCAAGAUGUGGAUCGAAUUCGCUAGAUUUCAAGAUAAGUUUAUGGCGUUGACGAAGAGGAAAACAGAGGUGACGCAGUUGGUUGAGAAGAAAAUUGCGAUUCUAGAACAGGCGUUGCGACAUCAUCCACACGACGCGAAUCUCAUCAUCAUGUUACUUGCCGAGCGCGAAAAGGUGGAGGAAAGCAUCACGAUUGAGUCGCGCUGGCGUUACGCGUGCGAACAAAAUUCUGGAAACCCUGCAAUAUGGCGUGCAUUUAUUCGUUAUCGUCUGCGGGAUUUCAGCAACUUUAGCGCUAGUGCCGUGCGGCGGGAUUACGACAAGGCUCUGCGCUCGCUCGCCUCAGCGAGGAAUCAGCUGCCGCAAGGAGCGAGUUCGGCACAAAAGAACACUCUCGAAGUCGCAAUAGUGGAUUUAGUCAUCGAUGCGUGUCGCUUCGACAUACAGUCGGGCGCGACCGAACGCGCAGUGGCGAAGAUUCAAGCCGUGCUUGAGUUCGGUUGCUUGUCUCCCGAGGAUGGACGAGCAGAAGAGGAUCUGUUGGACUUGUUUGAAAGUUUCUGGGAGUGCGGCGAGCCGCGGGUUGGUGAGCCGAAUGCCACGGGAUGGCGUGACUGGAUCGCGCUGAACGCUCAAACUAAAGCUAACAUACGCGACGUCAAGUCUGAUGCUCGCAAGUUGGAGCAUGAGAAGCAGGAGUCUCGUGAGGUCCCUCCUCCGCCUCCGCAAGCGCCACCACUCCCUCCAGGUGCUAUCCUCGGAGGUGGUUGGGAGCACUUUGACGCGCCGAAAAGCGAUGAUACCGAUACCGACCAAGACGUCGAUGAGUUGGAAGAGGAACCAGACGCGGCCGCCUUGGCGCUUUGGGAAGAAAAACUUGACGCCGCGGCAGACAUGGAGAUCGAUGAUGAGAUUCUCCUGCAGUUUGUACAGAAGGAGUGGGAAAGGAGUCGCAAGAACUGGAGGCCAGUGCGAUUAGGCGACAUCGAUUCGGAAGAAGUUGACAUGUCCACACCGCAAGCGAUCUGGUUUGACGACGUAAAGGAUGGAUUGAUCCGUCUGAAAGACGAGUCGGUGAAAGAGAGGUUGUGGACUCACGCAUUGCUCUUGCUGGGAACGUUAGAAGUGUCACCCGGUGAGUACGAGCAUGACGACCGACUUGAUCUUUACGAGUGUGUGUGUGGACCUUACGCGAAUGCAUUUCGAGUGUUUGAGUCGUUCGGAGAGAAUGAUCGGGAAGUUAGGUGGCUCGAUCAAUCGUUGGGAUUUGAACGCAUGUGGGCCGACAAUGAGGCUGGCCGUGGUGCGCUCGGUUCCAACAUGUUGCGCGUGUACGCACGGAGCGACCCGACUGUUUUCGCGUGUCAUGCCGUGAAGAACAAAGACGACGCCAAAACGCUUCUCGCGGGUGCAUACGAGAAUUCUCUCAAACUAUGGGCACAUCUCGCUGAGAUGGAGUGGCGAGCAGGACGCAAAGCAUCGGCCAGAAAAAUUUACUCGAAAAUAUUUCCCACAGCCAUGUCAGCCCGCGUGCAAGAUAUCUCGCAUUUAGUGCUCUCAUGGGUGGAAUGCGAACGUAGCGUGAAAGAUCGAGAUGGCGAUAAGAACGCCCUGAAGAUCUUAAUGGCGCUUGCGAGCGCUGAUACGGCUGAAGAAACAAUUCCAGAAAAUGCUCAGAAUGAAGAUUCAACGAGCAUCUUACGUGCCAAGAAGUGCUUCACGGAAAAGAUGAUGCACGCGUUCAAUGGCGGUGGAGUUUGGUCAGAAGAGUUGCGCGUGGGCUUACAGGCGCACGGAGUGGCGCUCAUCCGCUGCUUUGCUCACUUCUUACACGUGAGUAGGCAGUCGUGCGAAGAGAUUGAACACGCUAUUCGCAAGACGCCCAAGGAAACACAGCGCAGCAGAGAUAAUGCUACGCAUUGGCACAAAUUGCACCUCGAGCUUCUUCGCAUGAAGCCAGUCGUUAGUCGCCGAUCGAACCUCGAGUCUGCUCUCCGGGUAUUCCCGUCCUCACCGACGUUGUUACUGAGCUUGUGCGAGCUCGAGUUGGAAGUACAUGGUCGACAGCGAAUGCGAAUAUACUUUGACUUGGAGUUUGAGCGACGUCACACCGUGAUGUCCGUCUUUUUAGCUCUCGGACUGGAGAUUGGCAAACCCUUCGGUUCGAAUCCACGUGCGAUCGCGGUCUUAGAGCGGUCGUUGGCACCGUCGGCGCCCACUUCUCAGAGCCCACUAUUGUGGUUGACGUACAUGCGCGCUUACCUCACAUCCGGUCAAGUAUCGAGCGCAAAAACUGUUUUCUUGCGCGCGAUCAACGCCGUUCCGUGGAACAAGACGUUAUGGCUUCACGGAAUCGAAUCUCUUAAAGAUUAUUUGACGACGAAAGAACGUGUAGCACUGCUUGAAGUCAUGCGUGAAAAGAAAAUUUUCCUGCGAACGGACUUAUUCGAGGUGCAAAUGGAAGCUGUCGCGGAGCGAUAG